ACGUGCGUGAAUAGCAAUGCGAUUUAAUUAUCGUUCCUUGAACGUGAAUCAGAACGUUCGCCGUUUAUCCUGAAAAAUAAAUAUGUGUCAUGGAACACGAUCGAACAUGUUUCCUGUGUUUUUAAUGGUAAUGAUAAAGACUUUUUGCGAGCCCUGUGUCUACGUAUCAUGAUAUCGUGAAACGAAUUACGAGUAUCUAUCCAUAUUUUCGCGAUUAAAUUACUCGUAUCUCGGCGGUACGCCCGCCAUUGAUGAUUCUGUCGUUUGACAGUUAAAAUUUGAAACGCGCGAACUUGUCACGGUAUGCGUACAGUAUCAAUGGCGCUAUCAGGUUGCUGUAAGCUUAUCGCGCGUAUUUAUUUUACAAACGUAUAUCGUAAACAACGUGUAUCGUACACAAUGGACGUUUUAUCGGACGAAAGAACGAGGUUCGAGAAUUUUUAAAUCGUACGAAAUAGAACCAUUCGAAGAUGUUGGUAAAUUAUUAGCAGAAAUCGUGGGGAAUUCGAAUGUGCUUAAAUCGUCGAAAUAUUUAUGUCAAUUAAGUCCUUAAUACAGCGGAAUUAAUUAUGGUCGUUCGUUCGAGUAAGUAGGCGGAUUACCGAGAAACGAGUCACGUUACGAGUUUCUCGAAACGUAUUCUCUUCUAUUUCGAUGUUCCGAUUUCGCGUAUAGUGACGCUAAUGUGCUCGGAACGACGUGUCGGCUGUGUGUGUGACUACCUUAAUUCCAUAAUAAAUUUCUGGAGUCUCAGAAUGUUUCUAUCGCACAGAGAGUAAUUCUUAGAAAGUUACACGUCGUAAUAAGUGCAUCGAAAUAGUAUGUGGUAGCAUAAAGCGGUACUUGUAUUUGUCUUUAUUCUGUACAUGUUACAUUUUAAUGCGUUCGAUAUUCAACAAGGUCUACAGAAAUAUCAGUACGCGUCGAUACGGCUGUGUUAGCUUGCCACGAUUAAACGUAAUUCUACGAAUAUUUUAUUUACAUGUAUAUCGGACGUCGAUAAUUAAAACAAUGUCGAUAAUCUUUCUAACGUUGCAAAAGUGAACGGCCUGGCAUUCGCACGCGUUCGAAGGAAACCCGUUUCUAUACGUGGGUGGUGGAAAAAAGGUUGGAACCUACGCGAGUUUCACGUAUUUGGCGUGUUUCAACGAUCGAACGUCUUGUAGUCUUUACAGGGCGAUUGAAAAAUGGUACAAUAGUGCAAUUGUUGUCGCUAAUAUACUAUCGCUGGAUAUACACGUUACAUAGGCCGAUAGAAAAGAUAGCACGGUAUAGAUGUCAACGACUCAGGAUUUUUCAGGAACCAUCUUCCCUAUGUUCCUCUUAUCUCCGGGAAAUGAACAAUUACACGUUGCAACGUUGAAGAGAAGAAAGGGAAAAGAACAGGAUCGCAUUUUGCAAGAGAAUUGGGAACUACGCUGAAACGAUAACUCUGAUUCCCGCUCCCGACCCAUACGUUAAGCGACAGUUCGGAAAGUUGACGAUCGUGCGAACGCAUCGUUAACGAAGCGUGUCGAAGGCGGCCAAAGGGUGACCGUAAUAUGCCGGACGUAUAGUAGAACGAUAAAAUACGGUUAUAAAAAUAAGUGGCAGGACGAUAUGUACAACGAGCGAGGCUUUAAGUACCGUUUCGAAGGAUUGCUGACGCGCAACGAACGAACUAUAUACAUACAUACGGUUCCUAUGGUGCGCGGCGGUUUUUCGUGGUCGGUGAAAUAGUGCAUCUUUGUGUAAUCUUCGUUAUAGAGGAUUAUCGUAUUCGUGGGACGCGGUGCCAAAAGCUUGAUGACUAAUAUGAGAAGGAGAUGACGUCGUUGGUACAGAGGGACUUCGAGUCUCCGAGAAAGAGGGAAUCCACGGGCAGCAAUGCGUCCAGCUACUUGAUGCUGCUUAAUUCCCUGGCGACCGAUUUGGACUGCAUGCUGAGCGAGCUCUGCACGACCCCAAAUUCCUAUGAGCGGAGCGAUGUCUUCCUGGAACCGUAUCUGCAGCAGCACGGAACCGUUCAGGUUGUCAACUCGCCAAGCACGCCUCCGCCAAAUCCGCUGCAACAUCAUCAGCUUACGCAGCUACAUCAUGUACAGAGCGAGGAGUCGCUAUCCUCGGAAGGUUCGGCGACCUCGGGUGGAUCUUCCAGCUCAACGGAAGAUUCUGGCAGCGAGGUCGCCUGUGACAUCACUCUGAUCGAGAGGCUUAUACGCUCCCAUCCGAUCUGGUUCCUUCCUGGCAUCCAAAGGGCCGGUGCUUUCCACUUGUUGCAAGGCAAAGAGGAAGGGAACUUCGUGGUCCGACAAUCGAGUCAGAGCGACACGAUGGCCCUCUCCGUGCGUCUGCCGCCAGGAAAGGGACCUUACAUCGAGCAUUACCUGAUCCAAGCCAACAAGGGGAAGCUGAGCUUGGAAACCAGCGAGAACAGGUUCGACAACAUCCCCUCGUUGAUCGCCCACUAUUCUCAGUGCUGCAGUGACGAAUUACCAGUCCAAUUGACACUGCCAAGGGCGAUGCGCGAAGCCAAAAAUAGGCAGCAGCUUUCCUCGCUGGCGCUUUUGGGUCAGGAAUUCUGGCGAUACCCGAUGGCUAACCCGAAACCACCGGAAAGCAGCAGCAGCAACACUUCUAGUUUAAGCAGCUUUCGAGGCGGCAACAACAAUAACAACACCGUUCACACGCCUACGACGGAAAGUAUAGUGCUGAAUCUCGCUCCGAUAUCGUCGCACGACACGCGAAGCUCGACGUCCACGUUCGCGUCGUCGUUGCCCCGUCAGCCGCGGCCAACGCCGCCCAACACUCUCAAUCUGACGACUUUCAACGAACCCCUAGACGCGAAGAGGGAUAAAAUGUCACCGAGCGAGAAGCUCUCGCAGAAGUUGAUCUCGCCGAAUCUGGUACAAAGCGUGCGUUGCCCGUCACCGAUAGUUCACAACGUGGAGAGCAACGUGUUGAGCCCGGUUCAAGACACCAGGGUUACUUUCGAAACCAAAACCACCACCGCGGAGACCUCGAAGUCGACGAUGGUCGAGCUGUGCAGGACCAGGUUCUCGUCCGCGUCGAAUUUUCACCAGAACGUAUCAGCGUUCAACAACCUGUCGUGCACGAAUUCACCGGUGCUGCCGGAGAUCAGGAACAUCGUCGGGGAUAAUCAAACGGUCGGGCAGAACGUCAGGACUCCGCCGCCCCCGCCUCCGAGAUGGGCCAAGCCGGGAAUGGGACACGCGCAGAACAAUUUCACGGUCACCACCACGGUUACGUUCAACGUUAACCAGACGAACGACGUCGGUAGUAGUUUACAGAACACACCCUCCGACCCGAACACGUCUUUGCUGAGCCCUCAGAGCGCGACCUCGAACAAAUCGCUCGCCUCGAGCUUCUCCGUCAAGUCACCGUUGUCGCCGACGACGCCCGUACUCUCCCCGAUGUCGAAACUAGUCCCGAACGCGGGCGUCAAGACGCCGAACGUUCUCUCGCCGACGACGCCGUCGAGCACGAGCAAGUCGAAGCGAAGACGGGACCGUGAGGCCCGCAAGAACUCCCAACACUACCAAGAAUCGGACAUACUGGAGUCGUAUUACCGUAGCUCGCCGGGCGACAAGAUCUCGGACUACGAGGACAUCUGGAACACCACCGACCAGUCGAAUCAGUCCACCUGGUCGCCGAACGACAAGCUGGCGCGAAACGACGGUCCCCCGAAUCCUCAGGAACGGCUGAGGAACUCCAACGAUCGGCUGACGGUUCAAGAGAAACCGGUGAAUCCCGCCGAGAGGAACUUGAACGAUCGAUUGGCAACGAACGAACAGCUGAUCGUGAGGAACAACAGGAUGAUCGUGAGGAACGACAAGUCGAUCGGGAACGAGAAACUUAGUUACAAGGAAACGGCCAGCCCGGAGUUUAGCAGCUUCAAGCCUGUGCAGGACGCGAGAUCAGCCGACCAGGGAAACGGACCGCCGGAGGAGACGGGAAUGGGAAGGAAACCCGACCUGUUGUCCCGAGUUUGCAGCGCGAAUUCGUUGAACAGUCCGAGCACGGUGACGCCUCCCAGGAACAAGCUCGUGUUGUUGACGAAAUCGGAGAGCAACAGCCCUCUGACGCCGGAAUCGAAACAGGGGAGUCCCUUUUACGCGGAACCAGCGGACGCCAUCGCGCAAGGCGCGGUGGUGAUACCUAGAAGACGGCCGAGGAACAACCCGGCGACGAACAAGUAUCGACACAGCGAGCCAGGUUGGCUGCAGACGCCGGUAGGCGGAAACCCUAAUCAGCUUCAUCCGAUCGAUUGGGAGGAAUCGGAGGAAACCGAGGACAAGACGCCUUUAAUAUCGUCCUCUGUAGACAACCUGGCCAAGCGACUCGGCACCAAAGAAGCGAAAAAGAUUCCGCGCGCCAAGCCAGUGCAACCGCCAAAGAUCAGAACGAAAGUGUUCAACGACACGUCAUGGGCUGUGGAUUCCAGCUGGGAGUUCAUCGGAAACGAGGGAGACGAUUGCGAGCCGGACUACGACUGUGAUGCGGAUUACGAGGGCGAUAAUAUGGCCAGAAAGUUUCCGGACGAGGAGUGCGACAGGGACGUUGUGGGGAACACGUUAACGGUCCAGAGUAUCAUUCUUCAACGGUACCCAGAGCUGUUGAAACCACCGGACACGUCGGAGUCGCUGUACAGCGACAGAAACUCCUCGUACGAUAACGUCGAGAAACGAAACGAGAAGGAGGACGCGGUUGAUUCGAGAAAAGACCAAAUGUAUGACUCCUCCGAGUGGGAGACGCCGGUAGAGACGGACGAAAGCGACGCUGAGAGGAUGAACAAGAACAAGAGCAUCAAGGAACGACUGGACUCCCUCCUCUCAACCCCGCGGUUGCAGGCGCUCAGAAACCGCGACAACAGCGGCACCGGAUCCACGAUAAGGUUGUACGCUCUUCAGCUAGCGGCGGAUAAGACGACCACCUUCUCUCAGAACAUCGACAACUUCAUCCAGUGCACGAAAGAAGGGAAAGAAGGCAGUCCGCACGUCGUCAUGAGGAACAUGCGACAGUUCAUGUCCGGCAUGAAAAACUACCUGGUGAAGCACGGCGAGAGGGAAUUCGAGAAAGAGGUGGAGAAAGAGAGGUUGAAGCUGAAGGCAAACGAGUUUCUAAACUUGGACGCCAUCCUGGAGGGAGUGAUGAUGGGCCUAGUGGUGAGACCGCUCAGAGAACACGUAUACAGACUGUUCGUGGAGCAUUACGCGGCCACCGGGUCUCUGCAGACCCUCGCCGAGAGUAUUCAGCACGCGCAGGGGAAGCAAGUUCAGGAUCUUGGUGUACGAGCGAAGAUCAUUCCCCCGUCGGAGCCGAGUCUGGAGCGAAUCCUGAAGUACAUCGAUCGUCUCCAGAAGGCCGAUUCGCCCCUGGACAAGUUGGAAAAUCUGCUCGCGGCCAUUUCGGCGAUCUUUAAUUCCGUGAAGCUCGCUAAUUCUGGCCGCCACGUGACCCUGGGCGCGGACGAUCUUCUUCCGCUUCUCGUUUGGGUGUUGGUCCGGGGUAAGGUCGUGGACGCGGAGGUGGAGGCUGAAUAUAUGUGGGGAUUGCUUCAUCCUUCUCUUCUCACCGGCGAGGGAGGUUAUUAUCUGACGACGCUCUCCAGUGCUGUUCACGUUUUGAAAACGUUCAAGUCCAGCCAAGGAACGAUGUCCACGUUGAAUGGAUCUGGAACACCCGAUUGUUCGUCCGUACUACGAAUCUUAGUACCAGAUGAACUGCAUGGAUCUUUAAACACCAGGACACUACCUGUGAGACCCAAUAUGAACACCAGAGAAAUCUGUCGUAUUCUCGCGCAUAAGAUAAGGUGCACCAACCCUCAGGAUUACGGGCUGUUCAAAUUAGUCCAAGGAGAAGAAACCUUACUGGGCGACCAUGAAUGUCCGCAAGAGCUCUCUCAUUGCCUUUUCGCUUAUAAGCGAAUCGAUGCCAAGAUAGCCUGGCCAAAAACCAGUUCUUAAUAGGUCUUACGAUAAGGGCCGCUUAGAGUAAACGAUGUCGGUUUCGUACUGACGAAACUAACAAAGUUUAAAGCAAUUUGUCUUACUGUUAGUUUCGUUGCUGCACCAUUUUCCUUUUCUUCAAAAUUCUGACACAAUCUCGAGCACAAAUUCCCCUAAUUAACUCGUAGCACUUAAACACUGCCAGAUUUAGAACAGUUUUCGAAUAUCGUGCAACGAAGCGUCAACGAUAAACGACGAAAAAAUAGUGAAUUUCAUCGGAAACAAUCAGAGUACUUAAAAGCGACCAAAAGCUUUUCGAAAAAAAAACAAGUAAAUAAUAUUUGUACGUACGGUUCGUCUUCGUUUUUAUACCAAAAUAUUAUAAUCUAGAACGAUAUUAUCACGCGUUCGGUCUUUGGAGUCUUUAUGGACAUUAUCGUUUGAUCGCUUUUUAUUUCAAUUAUAAUCAAGUAUCCAAAAGAUAAAUUUCCGUAUCGGACUUUGUUCCGUAUUGAAGUAACAAAAACAAAUGUUACUCGAUGAAAAGAUUUGCUCUGGUACAGAGCCAAUGGAUCGAUUCUCGAGUUGAAAUAGUAGAAUAGAAUCGGACCAUUAAUAUUCAAUCGGAUUUAAUUUACUUCCAAACAGGUGUUGGAAUACUGAGUUAGCUAAAUGGAGCAUCAGUUUCUUAAUGGACACCAUGAUCGUUUUAACAAAUUUUCGACGAACGACCGUUUACUUUUCACUAUCGGUUGAAUGGUAUGCAAUAAAACGAGAAAAAUAAAUCGUAUUCAGUAUUCGAUAUUUUGUAAAGCUCUAACAAUAAUGAAACUACCGAUCAAGGUGGGUGUCAUUGGAGCAGAGUAGGGUUCGAAUCGGGGGGCGCUAUGACGAAUAAUUCUUUGAAAGAUUUCGUAACGAAAGAUUCUGCAAUUUUGCUCAUACGAAUCAUAGACACUCGUCGAGCUCGAAGCCCAUUUUGCAAAUAAUCACUAAGCGUUUACUAUAGGAUGAAGCGCCUAGAACAGAAUACCUAAACGUCUUCGUAAAACCUUUACCAAGCUAUUCUUUCUUCCACUGAAACAUUACUUUUAUUUUCCUUGACUUCCAUUCUUAUUUCCAUUUAUCCUUUUGUCCAUUAGUACCACAGGGGAAUGAAAGAAUAAUUUCCUUGCUAACCCACGGCAAAACAUCCUAAACAAAAGCAUACGGGUGUUCUUUUAUAGGCACUUCAAGCCUAAAAUAUAAUGGAGUAAAACCAUAAGAGACUUCCUGAUACAAAUUAAUUAAACUUAGAGCACGAAAGACUAGUUUAGACUCUAUUUUAAGUACUUUCUACGAGGCGCGGCGGAUUACUGGAUAAGCAAUCUGUACUUUUAGGCGGACGUCGCAUAUUUAUUGGAAGUUGUACACAUAUUUUAUUAUCUGUCGGACGUUUCCUUACGCGCGUGUCGCUUCUUCCCUUUCCGGAUCUGCCAGGCUGAUUUGGACACCGAUUUUAAAGGCUGUGGAUAUAAUCUCGGAAGAACACGAAACAAUUAACGAACAGCUGUUCAAUGUUUUGAACGAGGUAAGAGUAAAUGGGAGAAAAAUUGAGGGAAAGAGGUGCAAAAUAUUUUACUACUGAAACUCGUACAAAUCAGCCUUGCACGUUAUUGUCAUGAACGAUGUGUAGCCCUCGAUACGUGUAAUAAUGAUAUUAGCGAUUUAUGAAUGUACAUUUCUUCUAUCGUACCUAAUUUAUUACAAAGCGUUUUUAAUACCUGUAUAUCGUAAUUGCCCCUUCUGCAUUAAACGUGCUUUCGAUCCUUCUCUAAUUGAUUACGAUUAACUGUAACGUUAAUGCUUCUAAUAUGCUAGUCAAGCCGAUACAAAUCAGGAGUUUGUAAAAGUACCGUUUUUAAAUGUAACAUCGUGAUAGUUUUAUUUGUUGAAAGGUAUAUCAUUAAUUAUCAUUACUCUCACCAUUUUUAUUAUUAUUAUU